AUGGUUCAUGUCAUUUAGAAUGUUAAUUAAAUCCUUAAGUUUGAAAUGCAUAGCUUCAGUUGCAUUCAAUUUCUACCGUUUAUAUGCUUCAUGUCAUUAAGAAUGUUAAAUCCAUGAAGGGGUAUUGACUAGGGUUGACAUGUAUGGCUUCAGCUGCACUCAACUUCUACUGUUUAUAGUUAAGUGUUUCUUGAUCCACCUGCUUACGUUCUUUUCUUCCUUCGUUUCAGCUCAAUCAACCAUUUGCAAAAUGUCAACUUCUUCUAACUCGACGUCAUCACUCACCGGUUCUACUUCGAGUGUACCAGACGGUUCAAGGAGAACGUUCACUCCUUUCUUUCCUCAGUUUGGGUCGAUGUCUCCUGUUUUAAACCCUGAUGGAACUCUCCAGGGCGUUUAUGAUGUUAAAGACCACAUUUUUUUUCCCACCUCGAAUGUUCCCCGCGCUGGACCGAGAAACUCAGUUUUUGGAGCUCCAAUUUUGGUAAAUGCCACAAGCUCUCGAGCACCACCACCACCGAGCUCUAUGGGGAAUACGGCUGGUGGAGUCUCAAUGAGCAGGGCUUUGAUCUCUGAUGGAGGAAAUAUAAUGAGCUCUACGGGGAGUAUGGCUGGUGGAGGCUUAAUGAGCAGGGCUUUGAUCUUUGAUGGAGGAAGUAUAAUGAGCUCUAUGGGGAGUAUGGAUGGAAGUACUGACCAUAAUAGAUCAAUGAUGAUUGGGCUCCAAGGAUCCCCACAGGUUUAUUCUAUGUCUGGAAGCUCCUACCCUUCUGCUGCUAGAGGACAUUCCCAAACUCAUGUUCAAGCAAUGAACAGCCUAAGCUCUAUGAACUUAAUGAACUCCAACUACAUGACAACUGAUUAUCAAAUGGAUUUGCAUCAGCAAGAACUAAUGAUGCAAUCUCAACAGUCAUCUAUGGGGAGGCAUGGUGGAUUUUAUUUUGGUGAUGCGUCUAUGCCAACAUAUCCUCUACAACUACCAAGUGAUCAAGCUGUGAGCCGUAGUGGUGUUAUCUUCUCUCAGACUGGUGGACCUCCGACUAUUGGAUCAAGAUCUGUGAAUGCUGCAACGGGUUAUGACGACCAGCCCCUCCGGCACCAUCAGAACACAUCCCAGUUUGGCGGGGAGAAGCUACCAGCUAUUGGCCAACCCAUCAGAGACGUGGGAUCACAACCAACGCAAGCGGCGACACAGUCCACUCCUGACCCUUUUAGCAUGCUAGGUUUGGUUAAUGUGAUUAACCAGACCAACCCUGACGUGACUACUUUGGCACUUGGGGUUGACUUGCAGGAAAUUGGGUUAGAUAUGACCUCAAAAGAAAAACUUUUCAAGACUUUCGCCUCGCCUUGGGCUAAUGAACCCCUUAAAGAGGAUCAUGAACACUUCGAUCUACCGCAGUGUUACAACGCAGUACAACUACCACCUCCAAAUCAAGGGAUGUUUAGAAGGUUUGACAUGAGCACAUUGUUUUACAUAUUUUAUAGCAUGCCGAAUGAUGAGGCGCAGCUAUACGCAGCUAAUGAACUUAACAACAGGUACUGGUUCUACCACAAAGAACACAAGUGUUGGUUCAAACGAACUGAGAUACCUCUCGUGCAAACAAAUGCUUAUGAAAGAGGAACAUAUGACUGUUUUGAUCCAGACAAAUUUGAGACCGUUCAAAAGGAAAAUUUUGUUAUUUAUUAUGAGAUGCUGGAAAGGAGGCCGUCUCUACCUCAACACCGAGUGUAAAUGACUGUUAUUAAGUAUCUAUGAUGUAAAGUUCCAUCUGUUAGGAAUGUUCAUAGAUCAAGAACCAGUUUCAGUAUGUAAACUUUUCCAAACUUUGCUUCUUGCUGUUGAUUAUUUGUAGCUGAAACUUCUUUAAGCUAUAUAUUGAAUAAAUGCAUAUCUAUUUCC